CUGCAGGCACUGCAGUCGGCGCGAGACCGCGCUACCGUAAGUCUCGAGAAGGGAGUGUUGCGCGUUUACGCAAGCGCCUGUUUGGCCCUUCUGUGUGAAGAGAUAUCAUCGUACUCCGAAAUCAGCCCUUGGGAUUUACCGGAUGAAAAAAAACACUGAGUUCGCGUGCGAGUUUCGUUCUUGUUAUUGUUAUUCAGCGAACGGACUGUUUUUUGUUUUUUCCUCUCCCCGUUUGCAAAAAACAAGUACACGCCUACGUUCUGUCGGCUCGAGGAGAGGAGAGUGUUCGCCGAAGGACUGUGCGACGACGAGGUGUUCUCAUCUCCCGAUGUGCAUUGGCAGACAAGUGUCGUGACUCUGCGCGAGGCUCGCGAUAAUACACUUGUUCGCAUCCAUGUAACGACUGUGUGCGGUUGAUGGUAUAAGAGAAGAUCAGUGAUCGAAACACGUGUGCGCGAGUCGCGCAGAUAAUCGUCAGCAGCGAGCCUCUUCCUCGGAAGAUAACAAAGCGCAAGUGUCGCGGCCAACGAGCCGACGUGAGGAGUGAAGCUGGGUCUCGCGGUGGAAGGAUUCGAGCCCCGAGCGCCGGACGGAUGCGACUUGUGCGCCGGAGAUUUUAAAGAGCACUGGGUGAGUUUGACAAACGCAAAAUCGACCGACACUUAAUACGGCAUUGACAACCCACGUAAGUUACCGAGGGAAACGCCCUUGAACCGCUACGGGAGCCUCUACCAGAAGUCUGAGGAAGCAGCCGGCAGUACGGUGGUAGCCGAGGCGGAGAGAGGAGGAGCAGCAGGCGGCGUCAUAGGGGGCCCAGGCGGCGGGUGCCGCGCUACCUCGAUGACGAUGGCCGAGAGCGCCGUGGAGGACGCCGCCGCAGCGCCACCCGGCCCGGCGAAGCCGCCCCCACCCUCCUGCACCAACAACAACACUCUGGCGGCAACGGCCAACCGCAACCACCACCACCGCAGCCUCUCUAGCUCGUCGAGCUCGUCCCAGACCAGGAAGCGCAAGUGCCUCUCCCAGGUCGUCGACAUCCUGCAGCACCGCGGCGGCUCGCCCAGCGAAACGGCCAAGUACUCCAACAGCGCCCCCAGCGUCGCGACUCCCAACGCCAACAGCACUAGCAGCAGCCAGGCCAACGCGAGGUACGACAGCAACAGCACGUUGCCAUCCGAAGGUGAGGACGAGGACGUCUUCGGCUCCUCUCCCAGGUCGUCGUCCAGGUCGAACGUAGAGAGCCCCGGGCCGCUCAGUAGUGGCUUCAUGCCCUCCGUCAGGUCCAAGGACGAGACGACGACGCCCAACGGACCCAACUCCAGACUCGACUCCCAUGAGGACGAGCCGCCCACCAAGCACCGGAACCACAGUCACAAGAACAACAACCAUCACAAUCACAACCACCAGCACGAGCACCGUAACAACCACCACAACCACAACGGCAGCAACAGUCACGUACCACCGCCACUCUACUCGGGCUGCAGCUGCAUGCACUGCUCGUCCUCGCCCAUCAUGAUGCCCUCGCCCACCUCGCCGCUGACUCCGCUGACGCCUCUGACGCCGUUAACGCCGUUGAGCUUCACGCCCCUCGCGACGCCGGUCUCGCCAUCUAGCUUCAGCUUCGAGCACUACCUUCAUACCAAGUACCUGCCCAACCUGAGUCGGAACCGAAGUCAUUCGGACUCCGACGAGCCCAGCUGGGAUCAGCAGCAGACGCACCAGAGCCAGAGGCCGCCCUCCUCGAUCUCCAUAUCGUCGCUGAUCGGAAACCUACCGCGCAGCGGCUCCCUCGAGUCCGACACGACGUCCAGUCCCCAGGACUCGCCCCUCGACCUGUCCAUGAAGAAUCUCCCGGCCGUGAGCAUGGCCAGGCCGCCGGCACUGCAGCUCCUGCCUCCGGGUCUCAUGUCCCGGGGCUCGGUGAGCGUGCCGGUGGUACGGGGUGACGUGGCUUCGCCCACGACGAAGGAGAGCGUGGCCAUCCGGUACAACCUGGAGGUCUCACCGGUGGUGGAGGAGAUGCCGCCGGGCGCGGACAUGGCCUACGUGUGCCCGGUCUGCGGACAGAUGUUCAGCCUUCACGAUCGGUUGGCCAAGCACAUGGCCUCGCGGCAUCGGCGCCACGGCACCCAGGACUCCACGGCCAAAGCCUACCUCUGCAACGUCUGCAAUCGCAGCUUCGCCAGGUCGGACAUGCUCACGAGGCACACGCGGCUGCACACCGGGGACAAGCCCUACACCUGCAAGACCUGCGGGCAGGUCUUCAGCAGGUCGGAUCACUUGAGCACCCACCAGCGCACCCACACCGGCGAGAAGCCGUACAAGUGUCCGCAGUGCAUCUACGCCGCCUGCCGAAGGGACAUGAUCACCAGGCACAUGAGGAUUCACAGCAAGUACUCCGACAGCUCGAUGGGCCGACAGCAGGACGCCAAGUCUGAAAUGCCCGAGAGCCCGACCGGCUACAGCAACGGGCAGCAGUCGCCGAUGAUCAAGACCGAAUGACGCUUACCCGCGGGAUGAUCCGCUAGAAAGAGGUCCCAGCUGCUGUAAUUUUCAAGAUCGAGAACGUUCUUUUCUCGUCGCUGACGACGACGUUGGUUGUGGUCUCCGCACGAUCGAAUCGCCGACGGAUACGCGCGAGAUUGAAGCGGGGCAACGCGACGACGAGCGCGGUUUUAUUGCGAACAAGAUUGACGGCUGAGCAGCGAGGAGUUUGCGAACACGAGAUACUUUUUACGCGAAGGUCCCGGAAUUUCCGCGGUCCGGACUCGUGUGUACACACAUGCACACACAGCGUGGAAGCAGCGUCGAUCAGUAUUAUCGCAUCUCUGUACGCCUACGAGUCUGUCUCUCUGAAUGGUUUUUGUUUUUGCUCUCUACAUUAUUAUCAUUAUUACUAUUGCUAUUUUGUACUCGUUGUUUCUUCACGACUAUCGUUCGUUUUUUUUUUCACUUCUAUGCCAUUUCGUUGAGAGAGAGAGGAGACGAGUAGACUUUUUUCUCUUUCAAGACGUGCGUUAUUUAGUUGUAAAGACAGAUUGCUCUUCCGAUGGGGCAAAGAUCUUUGUGACGCUCUAUCAACACGUUUGUGGAAAAUAAUAAAAAGUAACCUUUCGAACAAAAUAAAAAGGUGGAAUUAUUCGACAGGGUGUCGAAGCUUUUAUUAGAUUUUUUGAAUUUUAUACUAUUUAUAUAAACAUACGAGAAACUGAGUGAAACAUAGGUUUAAUCGACGAAGAAACAAAAAAGGAAAAUUGGCAAUUUUAAAUUGGCAAAUUUGCGAAAUUAUUAUAUUGACGUAUAGAGUAGAAAACUCGCGUAGGUUGUUUCUUAUGUAGCUUAUUUCUUUAUAAAAACGAGGGUCAAGCUCUCUAAAAACAGCAAAAACUUAAAUUUAAGUUGCGCAAGAGCAAAAGGCAUUUCCGCUCAAGUGAAAAGGUGAAAAGUAAAAAAACGGUGCUUAAAGGCUUAGUGUUAAUUCAAGAAAUGUAAAUAUUUGUGAAGCUUCGCGAGAUACUUGGGAAACACCUUCGCUGUAUACUCGUUGUUACAUUUCUCUGCUGUUUGCCUUCCACACACACGUAUACAUACACAUACUUAUAUAUUAUACGUGUAUAAAGAUAUACGUAUGCAGACACACACAAAGAAGCGCGCAGUCCUACCUAUCGCGGAUCUCGCGAAAGUAUCCAUUAUGUGCCAAAUUUUGAAGGUCAGUCUAUAGGCGAACUAACCUAACCACAACUCUCCGAUUGUCAUUUAUAUAUAAUGUAACAACACACAUAUAUAUAUAUAUAUAUAUAUAUAUAUAUAUAUAUAUAUAUAUACACGCACGCGCGAUAAAAACGUGUAAUGUCGUCUUCUUCCAGACGUUUUUCUGUCGAUUCACUUUUGAUGAACCUGGAAGACUUAAGUACGCGAGUGGCCGCUCUCUAAUGGGGAAAAAUUCAAAACGCUAAAAAAUUUAUUUAUUUGUUUGCCUUUUAACCGGCGUUCGGCAACAAAAAAUGCGAAUGCACGUUGAAAAUUAUUUAUUGAUAUAUUAUUAUUAUAAAUACUAUUUACUUUUUUGUAAAAAUUAAAAAAAAUCUUUUUUUAUCGUAAGUUCGAUACUUGAAAGUUGCUUUCUUUUACGAAACUAUUCUUUGCGAGAAAACAUGUACCUGCGAAAUGAACAAAAAAUUGUGCUAACACAAUUUAAAAAAUCACUUCAAGAGACCGAGCGUUUGUUAAUGAGUGAAAGUUACUUUUUUGUAAUAUUAGUACUUUAAGGUUGUCGUUGCUCUAUUAUACCAAUAUUAGGAGAUGCGGAAAAGAGGAUUUGCGAAAUUAUUCAGUGAGCAAGGUUACCUAUUUAGAAAACGAUAAAAGUGCAGAAAAAAAAAUUAUGAAAAAUCCCUAUCAUAUAGAAGAAAAAGUUUGUUAGGUAGUUCGGUCAAGGCAGGCCAUGACCACGUAAGCGUAAAUGAAAAGAAGAUGAAAUCCACGAGAGACGCAUGACAAAAAUUUGUAACCGCGGACCAAGCAAAAGUAAAACAAAACCUCAAAGGGCGUCCAAAGGACCUUAACGAUCUUCUAACUGUGAAAUGAAAAGUAAUCUUUUCACCACUACUGUGUCCCACCUCUCCGUCGUAAGAUGUGCGUGUUCCAUAAUUAUUAUAAUAAUGAUAACAAAUGAUGAUGAAGAAUGAAAACGAAACAAAAACAAAAUGUUGAACAAUGCCGCGAGUAUACUCAAAGUUUCCGCAGAACCAGUGACGUCGUUAUAUAUAGAGAAAAGUUGUGAGCUCUUCUAAUAUCGAAGAAGACCACACAAUUGGUUAAUAUUGCGCGGGAGCGAGUCGAAUCUCUAUCUGUAUAUUUUUGUACAGAAAUGUUUUUCUAGUACGUACCUUAACUAAGUGUUUAAGAGACGCCGAGUGAUAGAUUUUUAAGGAGGACUCUUUAAGUAUAGGAAACAAAGGUGGUAAGAAGAGCUUGUUUUAUUUACCGAGUACUUACUUCCGCUCUUUCUCUCUUUGUAAAAUAAUGGAAAUAAAAAAUGCUUGCCACUUUACUUGCCCCUUCUAUAUAUCCCAGCAUCAGUGCACCGUAACUCGUUAACGAGGAUUAAAGCCAGCGAAACACGACCGACAGUGUGAUUCGAGAGCGAAAUACCGAGAACGCUUAUUGUACAAGUUUUUCCUUUAUUAUUAUUAUUAUUAUUAUUAUUAUUAUUAUUAUUAUUAUUAUUGUGAAUUAUAUCGUUUUUUGUUUGCAAAAUUACGCUGUGUUUAUAAUUAUAUCAUAAAAGGCUCGAGGAUGUGUUGAGUAUGCGCGCUUGAACUGAGUUUUUUCUUUUUUAAAUUUGACGUUUUGUGGUAUAAAUAUUAUUAUUCUGUAAGGUUUCUUCUGUAAUAUUUCUCAAUCGAUCCUCGAUCCCUCACGAAACGAGCAAAAAAGAUGAAGAAUUCAACAAGUUACGAUGCGAGACACAUGCGAGCGGAAUAUAAAGCAGUUAACGAUUAGCGUGACAGACAAUCCGUUUUUUUUUGUAAUUAUCAUCUCGAUACUUAGCCAUGAAUACGUUUCGUGACGUAAUCAUUACUAUUUUCAUUAUUAGUUAUUACUAUUAUUAAUUAUUAUUACAAUUAUUAUAUUAUCAUUAUUAUUAUUAUUUAGUAACGUUAUUAAUCAAUGUUGUAUGCUUCUAUUAUUUAUUUUGUUAUCCCGUUUAUAAAUCAAACCGCAUCCCGAAGAAUAUACCUUGUGCAGCCCAUCCAUUUAAUCCUCCAACGGAUCAUCAUUACUAUUUUCUAUUAUUAUUACGAUUACUAUUAAAUAAAACGAUACUGUAAAAUCUGUCGUCGACGGCCAGUCUGACUCUCUUUUUUCCCUCGCAGCUCGCAGCGGCGCGCAUGAGUCAUGGUUAACUCUUUUUUUGUAAUUAAUGAAUGAAAAAAUUGUGUGUUAAUGCAUUUACGUCGUUUUUUCGUCGUGAUAUUAAGUUCCUCCCUUAACCUUCGCAUGAAAUAAUGCACUUCGAAGUCGUUGCGCGUGAGUCAGUGCGAAGCUGCUGCGAAAAGGUGGACAGAGAGAGAGAGAGAGACUGGCGUCGAUGAGAGGAAAGACAAAAAAAUACAUAUGCCAUUUCUCGAGAGAUGAGAGCGAAGAUACGAAUGCCUUUGUAAAUUAUUAAUAUUGACUACAAUGUGUAAGUUUAUUUAUAAAAGAAAAAUUAUGUUGUUUUUUUACAACAUGUGCCAGAAUUGAAAAAUAUAAUUUUUUUAAACGAACUUCUGUUUAUUUGAAUUUUAUUUAUUUAUCGUUUCGCCACCAUACACCAUCCAUCCACAUGCCCACUUCAUUUAAUAUUUAGUUACGAUCGAUUUAUUUUGGCUUUACACGUAGAAAAAUGUACGAGGAAAGGAAACAUCGUGCCUUGAACAAUGACGAAUUAUGGACUUACGUGGUGCAUCGAACCGUCGCUUGGGACAUAUCAUUUUGUUGUUGAUAAAUGUGUAUAACACAAUUGCAUACAUAGAUCGAUGAGAUGAUGAUGGAAAUGGUAACCAUUUAAAAAAGAAUGAUUAAAGAAACCUAGUCAAUAUAGAAAUAUACGUGUCUAAUACAAAUAUAGAAUCUUCUUCGUGAUUCAAACAACGUUUGGACACCUACUACUCGAACUCGAGCUUCUGUCGUUUUUAAGAAACUAUAUAUUAAAUUAUUCGCUGUAUCUGUGUAUACUGAAAUUGAAGUCACGUUGUACAUAGGCUGUAUAAUGUAGGAAAGACUGAGAAGCACGUUACCUUCAAUGAUAGAAGAUAUACUUUAACGCUUUGUCCUUAUUAUUACCAAAACGGAAAAUAUGUAAACAAAUUCAUAACGUGAUUGAUUGGAUAUAUGUAACGUUGUUUGCUCAAUUGUUCAAUAUGUCGAAAGAAAAUAAUUGCCCUUAGCAAUAUUUAUAAGACGGAUGCCAUGUCAUCAAAUGUUUUUGUAAUUUUGAGAAAGCAGAAGUUCGAAAAAAACGUUUAGGGUAGACUACAAAAUAAAAACGCUCUCUUGGUAAAUCUCGAAAGUACGUUUCUUCGAAUGCUACGUUCGCAUCCCAAACACAUUCUCCCGAGGAUGGUGUCCCAUUUUCGAAAUCAAGCGCAGCGCAGCGCCCGGUUUAAGGGUCAAUUACAAGCUCAGUCUCUCCUACAACAUUGUGCACACAAUGGCAAGCGGAAAGCUGCACUAAAAAAGCUAAAAGCAUAUAAUAUACAUACGUUAAAACCGUUUAUUACAAAAUAUCUUGUACCGUUACUCGAUUUGAAACCCACUGAUCAUCGACAAUAAAGCAAGGGAGACAGUCGAGCGUUUGCGCGCGUCAUUUGAACAUUCCGAAAGAGGGAGUAUAGAGAGAAGGUGUAAAAACGCGGGCAGCUCAUUUAUUUCGGAAUAAAAUGCUCGCGGGGUAAACGCACCAAAACUUCCAAAAAGGAUGUCGGUGUACAUACAUACGCGCAUGUGGUUGUAGAUACAUAUGUAGAUGCGGUGUGUAUAAAGCGCUGUUUGCCUGCGAGAGAAGCGAGAGUAUAAGCAUAAUAAACGAGAGGGAAACGGAAUUCUUUGCGAGUGAGAGAGAAAGAGAGAGAGAGAGAGGAACUGAUACUGAAAGUUUCCGCUUCAUGUUUUUGGUUCCAAGGGAGCCUUCUUGAAUUUCAGUAGUAGGAUAUCCAUCAUAUUUAGAAUGAAAACAUAGAGGAUUUUAGAACUUGGAUUAAAUCGUUCAAUCUGUGUCUAUACUAUUGGAAUUAGACAAAUUUUAGACAGAAAAAGUGAGAUGAUAGCAAACGUAGUGUCAAUUACUUUUACCGUUAGAUUUACUCGGAAAUAGCAGGUAUCGGGUAGAAACAUUGGACGUCGAGUCACGAGUUUUCUGAUCAGGAGUUAGAAAAAUAAACGUUCCUUCGUAUUAUGUAGUAAAAAAAAACAUCAAAAUGAAGGAUUGACUAUUUGUUGAAGACUAUAUAUUACUUACGGAAAAUAAAUUUCCAUAAAGUUACUUAUAAUUUAGUCCAUAAUCUAUAUACAAGUUUAGCACAAAGUUGAAGCGGGAAUUGGCAAUAUCACUUUCUUCCAGCCUUCCUUUCUAAAGAUGCAUUAACUUUCUUCCUUUGCGACAUACAAACUAGACUAUAAUAUACCGUAUAUGCGUAAAACGCUGAAAAAUAAUAACAUAUGAUGUUUCUUGUAAAACGAUGUCUCUCUUACAAGAGAGUUGACGUUUGUUUACCUGUUCUAUCCCAUGAGGUAUAAAUAAACAGAUAAAUGUAUUACAUUUCCCAAAGGGAAUGAAUAUUGCAAAUAUAUAUAAUUUUAAAAAA